AUGGGUUCAAUUUCAAAACGCCGGCGGGAGCAUUUUGAGGUAACGAAUGAAGACAGGAUUAGUAAUUUACCAACAAGUCUUAUUGGCCAUAUCCUCUCUUUCCUUCCAACAAAGAAGGCAGUGGCAACUAGUGUCUUGUCAACCAAAUGGAAGUACCUUUGGACCUCAAUCACUAUUCUAGACUUUGAUGACGGGUUGGUACAUGUAUCGACAACUCCUCGGAAGGAUUUGCAGAAAUUCCGUCUGAAUUGUACUGGGAUUUAUGAUGUUUCACAUGUUAAUGUAUGGGUUUCAACUGCACUAUCACGUAAUCCUCGUGAACUUAAUCUUUCAAAUAUUGGGUGUUUGCCUCGUGAGCUUUAUGCUUGUAGAAGUCUGGUGGUACUUAAACUGUGUGGUACACCGUACAGACUGCUUGAUCUCAGUAUUCCUACUUUGAUUUGUCUACGGAGUCUUAAAAUCCUCGUCAUUGAAUCAGUUGUAUUUUUGGACGAUGACUCAAUUUAUAGGCUGUUUUCUAGCUGCCAUGUGCUUGAAGAUUUGUCUGUAGAAUUAUGUGAUUGGAGAAACAUCAGUGUUUUUAACAUUUCUGCUCCCAAUCUCAAGAGUUUAACUAUAAAGUGCCGGACUUGGACUAAUGUCUCUGGUAAGUACAAGAUUGUGCUUAAUACACCAAAUCUUCAAGACAUUAAAUAUGAAGACUAUGUAGCAGCAGGCUAUUCUGGGAAUAAAUUAAAUGGUAUUGUCAAAGCUGACAUUAGUUUCGUAAAAACAUUCCCAGUUCGUGAUGGAUAUAAGGAAAACCUUGCUAUAGCAGAGUUUGUUGAAAGAAUAUCUAAAGCUCAGUGGCUUCAUUUAUCUAAUUAUUCUAUAGAGGUUAGCUUGCUCAACUCUGUGUAUUUAUUUUUGAUGUUUUUUUUUUUUUUUUGAUUAAAAUGCACAAAUAUUAAUUAACUUGAAUUCAUUUUCUUUUUGCGUGAAACCUUCCAGUUCUGCAGGUAUCGGUCUAUAAAUUUUGACUGUUUGACUUAUUUGGAGCUUGGUGGUAAUCACCAAUAUGUUGGAUGGAAAUUGCUAGAGAAUUUUAUG